AUGACACAAACUCAAAUUCAACAAACACACAAACUCAAAUUCAACCAAUACCCAAUUCUCAAGUUUAACAAAUUCCACACCCUCAAGUUCAAAAACACCAAAAACUCCAGUUCAAAAACACGACACAAACUCAAGUUCAUACACGACACAAACUCAAGUUCAAACAUAACACAAACUCAAGUUCAACAAACACACAAACUCAAGUUAAACAAACAAGAAAUCUCAAGUUCAAAAACACCACAACCUCAAGUUCAAAAACACCACAAACUCAAGUUCAGACACGACACAAACUCAAGUUCAACAAACGCCACAAACUCAAGUUCAAACAAGACACAAAUUCAAGUUCAAAAACAACAGAAACUCAAGUUCAACAAACGCCACAAACUCAAGUUCAAACAUGAAACAAACUCAAGUUCAAAAACACCACAAACUCAAGUUCAACCAAAACCCAAUUCUCAAGUUUAA